AUGGGCAAAGCGACCGAGGUGGUGACGCCACCGACGCCGGUCGUCGCUGAGGAGCAGCCAAAUCCAGUUCAAGAUGCGCCAAAGCCGAGCACGCUGAUCUCGCUGGAGCAGCUCGAGCACCUAGACGCGGCAGGGUCAACGACGGAGCGAGUGGAGCGUCUGGAAUCCGCUUUGGGCGUCCAGCACUACCCCGUGAACCCCAGGACCAGCGUGUGGGUGGACUUUUGCUUCGGCGUGCUCAACUUCGCCCGGGACGACGCGCGCCUGCCGCCCGACAAGGCUCUCGGCCUCCUCACCCUCGCGCACGAAGUGUACGUCUUCGCGACGCAGCCGCUGCAGCAUGCCGCCGACUCACCUGUGAGUAAGCUCGCUGAGCCGGUGCCACCGAAUGAGAGCAUGGAUCCGCAAGAGCAGGCUGAGACCAAGGUCAAACGACCGACGCCCGCAUGGUCUGCUUCUCCGGACGCAUACCCAACGGUAGAAGCUGUCUACGACCAGUUCCGCGAGAAGAUCCGGCAUGCCAGCGGCGUGGGGGCGACCAACGACAAUGACCAGGAAGUGCCUUCAUGGCCAGCGGCUCCCUUUUCGCCGACGGAGGUGGCGCGCAUCGUUGCGUUUUUCACGUCGACCUUCUUCCGGCACUUGCGCGCGUACCAGUAUCUGAGCCGGGUGCCGCGCCCGAGCGUUGUGCGCGAGACUCCAGUGCCCACCGAGACUCCGCUUCCGCCACGCGCACUUGUCGACGCCACGCUGCAGGCAGAGUGA